AUCCCCUACGGUUGACUGAGAUCCUGUUGUGAAAGUUCAGUCAGGCUGAAAUGUCAGCGGCUGUUUCGUCUGUCAGCAGGUGAGGUAACCUGGUGGCUUCUUGUGUUGCAGCGCAGGUGAGGAAGCAGGAUGGAUAAAGUGAGGAGGAUCCUGGUUUAUGUGUGUAAAGACCGAGCGGCUCCGCAGCGAGCUCAGUUUGUUCAGAGUAUAACGGGUCACUUCAGUGAUGGUGAUGAUGAGGUGAAUGUGAGCUGCUCACUGGAGAAAAACCAGUUCACCCUGUACAGAGGAGACGAAGGACGAGGAGUCCGUCUGAAGAGGCCCGCCUUCUGUCCCAUCAAACACCUGUCAGUCACAGAGGCAGCAGCGAUCCCAUUGGACGUCCAGCAGCGGGGAGUGGAUGUGGGCGUGGCCAUCAUCUUGCAGUCAGCCAAUCAGAGAGUGUUGCUGACACGGCGGGCGAAGGAGCUUCGGAUAUUUCCCAACGUCUGGGUUCCUCCGGGCGGCCAUGUUGAGCCGGACGAGACGCUGCUGGAUGCAGGUCUCAGGGAGUUAAAGGAGGAAACUGGACUGAAACUGGAACCAGAUGAAGUUUCUCCAAAAAUACUGGGACUGUGGGAGUCAGUGUAUCCUCCCAUGCUGUCCAGAGGACUCCCCCAGAGACACCACAUAGUCGUCUACAUGCUGCUGCACUCGUCCCUCACACACCUGCAGCUACAGGACUCUCUGAGGCCGUCGCCUGCUGAGGUCAGUGCUUGUCUUUGGGCCGACCGCCGGCUGGUCAGAGCCAUCGUGUCGGCCGUGGACGGAGAGGACGCAGAGCUUCAGCUCGACGACCUGCCGAGCAGCAUCAGCGUGUCGCAGGUUUCCACAGAGGGAGCUCUGGGUGACUCCUCGCUGCCGCUGGCGGUGUUUGUCAGCCGGGCGCCAGCCAGCGGCCCGGACGUGGAGCGAGUCAGCACUGGGACCAAGUUUGCCCUGGACCUGUGGCUGAGGAGCCUGGACGCUCCCUGACCUGUGACCUGUGACCUCUGACCCCGGCCUGCAGGCAUCAGGAAGAACAGUUCUGGAUCUCUGUUAACAUCACUUAAAUGUCAUGAACUGUUGUUCCUGUUCUUAUUUUUUAAUAAAACACACUUGAAACAGAAACCUGAA